AGCAUGCAGGAUUUUGUAUCAAACUUUUCUUUUACAGAUUUCAAACUCAAUGGCUUUCAUACUUUGGGAGAAUGGAGACCUAUGUUAUUCAUUCCAUAUUUUCUGAUGUUUUUGUUGUCUAUUAUUGGAAACUCCACUAUACUAUAUGUGAUAAUAUCUCACCGGGCUCUGCAUUCGCCUAUGUUUGUACUUAUUGGUCUCAUGGCACUUGUGGAUUUAUGUUCACCAUUUAUUUUUGUCCCACAUUUGCUGCUUAUCUUUUUAUUUGACUUCAGUGCUAUUUCUCUAGUGGGCUGUUUGAUCCAAAUGUUCUGCAUUCAUUAUUCUGGGACAUGUCAGUCUACUUUAUUGUUGUGUAUGGCACUGGAUCGUUAUUUUGCUAUAUGCAGACCACUUUUUUACCAAAAGCAUAUGGAGUUUUCUAACUUUUUAAAGAUCAUCAUAGUGCCAUUAAUCAGAAAUGGAGUCUUAAUUAGUACAGUAGUCUGUCUGGCUGGAAGGUUAUCAUACUGUUCAACAAAUGUGAUAGAUCAUUGUUUUUGUGAGCAUAUGGCAUUGGUUCAGCUGGCGUGUGGAGACAUUUCUAUAAAUAAUUUGGUAGGACUUUUAACUGCUUUCCUUGUACCAACUGUAGAUUUUGUUUUAAUUGCUCUGUCUUACAUAAUAAUAUUCAUUUCUGUUCUAAAAUCUGGCAAGGCACACUUGAAGGCUAUGAAUACUUGUAUUACUCAUAUAAUUGUUAUCACAUUUACUUUAAUUUUUGCCUUAUUUUCUUUUAUGUUAUAUAGAAUAAACAAUAAUAUUUCUCCAGGGAGCCGUGUUUUUCUGAGCACAAUGUAUUUACUUUUUCCAAGCUGCUGCAACCCAAUUAUUUAUGGGCUGAGAACAAAAGAAAUAAGACUUCACUUUCUGAAAUUAAUAAAACAUAUGAAGGUCUUACCUCUGUGA